AUGUCGACCACCAGCUCCGACGAGGAAACAGACUUCUCCUGCGGCGGAGAUGGCACGGAGCUUCGAAUUCCGAAAUACAAACGCAGAAAAGUUGCCAUAUUCUUCGCGUUCUGCGGUGUGGGAUACCAAGGAAUGCAGAAAAAUCCCGGCGCGAAAACCAUCGAAGGCGAGCUCGAAGAGGCUCUAUACCACGCCGGAGCUGUACCAGAGUCCGAUCGAGGCAAGCCGAAACAAUACGAUUUCGCACGAUCUGCGCGAACCGAUAAAGGAGUGAGCGCCGUGGGGCAAGUAGUUUCCGGUCGCUUCUACGUCGAUCCUCCUGGAUUCAUUGACCGGCUCAAUUCCAAUCUCCCUGAUCAGAUCAGAGCUUUCGGCUACAAGCGCGUCGCUCGCUCGUUUAGCUCGAAAAAGUUCUGCGAUCGGAGGAGGUACGUUUAUCUGAUUCCAGUGUUUGCUCUUGAUCCAAUCUCGCAUCGUGAUAGAGAAGCAGUCAUGGCUAGCUUAGGAUCUGGUGAGGAAUAUGUAAAAUGCUUCGAAUGUUCAGAGAGAGGUCGUAAGAACAAGAUCCCUGGUGCUGUAAACAGUUUCAAAGUCACACAUUUUGAUACGAAACCAUCAGAUGUUAGCUUAAGCUCGGUAGAUUCUGUUGAGAAGAUGAAUGAUGGUGAAGGAGGAAAUGGAAUGUGUGUUGAUGCAAAGAGCAAGUUUUGUUAUGGUGAGAAGGAGAAGGAGAGGUUUAAUAGGAUUCUGAGUUACUAUGUUGGAUCUUAUAACUUCCAUAACUUCACUACGAGGAUGAAAGCGGAUGAUCCUGCUGCGAAUCGUCACAUCAUCUCCUUCACUGCUAACACUGUGAUUACUCUCGAUGGGAUUGAGUUUAUCAAGUGUGAAGUUUUAGGGAAAAGCUUCAUGCUUCAUCAGAUAAGGAAGAUGAUGGGUCUUGCUGUUGCAAUCUUGAGGAAUCUUGCUCCUGAAUCACUUCUUCACACUGCUUUCAGCAAGGAUGUGAAUAUAACUGUACCAAUGGCGCCAGAAGUUGGACUCUAUCUCGAUGAAUGCUUCUUCACGUCUUAUAACGCUAAAUUUGAAGAGAGCCAUGAGGAAGUGUCCAUGGAAGCAUACAAGGAAGAAGCUGAGGCGUUCAAAUUGAAGCAUAUUUAUUCUCAUAUCGGCUCUGCCGAGAGAAGAUAUGGAUCUGUGGCUCUUUGGUUGCAUUCCUUGAACUAUAGAAACUAUCCUGACCUAAACUAUGGCAGAAUUAAACAUAUCACAGAGCAAGCUCUUGUAUGUAAGAAGAUUGAUGAAACUCAAGACACCACAGAGCAAGCUCUUGUAUGUAAGAAGAUUGAUGAAACUCAAGACACCACAGAGCUAGAGCCAGUCAAAGUUUCUAAGCAAAAUGGUGAAGACUCCAAAGAAACCAUAACUGUAGCUUAG